CUCUGCUGCUGACUGCUGUCCUGCGGUAACAUUGUUGUGGAACGACGUCACAGCUCGAAAAUGAAGGCACGGAGGCAGCCAUUACUGGAGCUUCUCUAAUUAUUUUAUUCCAAAUAAAUACUAGUGGACAAUUCUCAUGGCAAGAGCCACAAGUCAGCUGUAUGAUGUUGUGCCCAUUCAGUCGAGUGUUGUCAUCUGUUCCUGCUCGCAUCCAUCAAUGGUAAGAACCAACUCUGACUCCUGCUCGCCACUUGCUAUCCCAGGCGCCAGCAGUAACCACUGUCCCAGCAUGGAGGGCCCAUCUUCAGAGGCCUGUGCUGUAGGAGCAUCUGCCAGCAUCCAGGCCUCAGACCUUCCACCUGUCCAAGCCCCUCAGCCACGCAAGAAGAAACCAGAGGACUUCAAAUUUGGCAAGAUACUUGGAGAGGGCUCAUUCUCUACUGUUGUUCUCGCAAGGGAGCUAGCGACAGGCAAGGAAUAUGCAAUUAAGAUAUUAGAAAAGCACCAUAUUAUGAAGGAGAAGAAGGCUCAGUAUGUGAAGAGAGAAAGGGACUUGAUGUCAGAUCUAGAUCAUCCAUUCUUUGUCAAGCUUUACUUCACAUUUCAAGAUGAUGAGAAAUUAUAUUUUGGUCUCAGCUAUGCGAAAAAUGGAGAGCUCUUAAAGUACAUCCGCAAAAUUGGCUCAUUUGACGAGACAUGUACUAGGUUCUACUCUGCUGAAAUUGUUUCUGCUCUAGAAUAUUUACACAAAAAAGACAUAAUACACAGAGACCUGAAACCAGAAAAUAUUCUUUUAAGCGAAGACAUGCACAUCCAGAUUACAGAUUUUGGGACAGCAAAGCGCUAUGACAGUAAACAAGCAAGAGCAAACUCUUUUGUUGGAACAGCACAGUAUGUGUCUCCAGAACUAUUAACAGAAAAAUCUGCCUGCAAAAGCUCUGACCUUUGGGCCUUGGGAUGUAUUAUCUAUCAGUUGGUGGCUGGUUUACCACCAUUUAGAGCUGGAAAUGAGUAUCUAAUAUUUCAGAAGAUAAUAAAGUUGGAAUAUGAAUUCCCAGAGAAGUUCUUCCCCAAAGCCAAGGAUCUUGUUGAAAAGCUUUUGUCACUGGACCCUUCUAAGCGACUUGGUUGUGAAGAGAUGGGAGGGUAUGAUCCUUUAAGGCAGCAUCCUUUUUUUGACUCGAUCUCCUGGAGUGAUCUACAUCUACAGACUCCACCCAAGCUCACACCGUAUCUACCAGCCAUGUCAGAGGAUGAUGAGGACUGCUAUGGAAACUAUGAUGACCUCCUGAGCCAGUUCAGCAACAUGCAGGUGGCUCCCUCCAGUUCGUCACAGUCCCUGUCGCCGCAUGAUUCUAUAUCACCGCACAGGUCCAGCAGUAACAUUGAACAGUACAUCCACGACCUGGACAACAACUCUUUUGAGCUGGAUCUGCAGUUCACUGAAGAGGAAAAGCAGCUACUGCUGGACAAACAAACUACUGGAAAUCCUUGGCACCAGUUUGUUGAGAAUAAUCUGAUACUGAAAAUGGGCCCUGUUGAUAAACGAAAGGGUCUGUUUGCUCGACGGAGACAGCUGCUGCUUACAGAAGGACCACACCUGUACUAUGUGGAUCCUGUCAACAAGGUUCUAAAAGGGGAGAUUCCUUGGUCCCUUGAGCUUCGUCCUGAGGCUAAGAACUUCAAAACCUUCUUUGUUCACACGCCUAACCGAACAUAUUAUUUGAUGGACCCCAGUGGAAACGCUGACAGGUGGUGCAAGAAGAUCCAAGAAGUGUGGAGAAAAAUCUAUCAAAGGCACCAAAACCCAGGGCUAUAGGAGCAGCAUUUCUUCUAUGGCCAAACCUCUUUAUCUGAACGGCCAAUCACUGAGCAGAGUAACACCUUCUUUAGUGCCCUUCAUCACCGCAAUGUAAACAAACUCUAAAAGAGACGCUGGCAUCAAGACCAUGUUUGUUUUCCUGAGCAGAACCAUGGGGAAAAUACAACUUUGGAUUCAGGGUUGCUUUGCUUGUUCUUUGUGCUCCAUGUGAGGCUUCUAUUACAUUUUCCAUGUAUGGAUGAUGAUAAGACUGCCUCCAUGCACACCCCCUUUUUCUACUUUUUGCAAGAGAAAUCAGAAGGACAAGCUUGUCUGUUUAGAGGCACAAGCUUGGGUACUGCUAGGACUAUCUUAAAUAACAAGGACUGGUUAACUGCUUAUAUUAACAUGUAAAUCUAGCUGCUAUGUACCAGAGCCCAUCCCACUAUCUAAAUUACACCAUAUCCUACAUGUUUAGAUCUAGUCAGGAUAAUUCAGACCUAUUGAUGCAAAUGCUUUUUUGCUUACAUUUUCAUUUAGAGCUUAUUUUAAUAUUUAGGCAUUACAUUGCAGUUCAGUUCAGGUAACACUGCAGAAGACAUGGGUCAGAAUUGGUGUGAAUGUGAGCCAUCAUAGCGAUUAGUAGAGAUGCUAUGGGCCAGCAAAUCGGCCACAAACUGAUCAUUUCUAACCAUAACUCGCUUAUCUUUCCUGCAUGGUCAGUUUUGUAGCACUAUGUACCUGCUCAUUUCUCACAGGGCACUGCAGAUGUAGUUUAUUUAAGUUUAAAGGUGGCUAUUUUUGAAUCACCUGGUAUAUUAUUUUGUGAUGAUAAUUGUUUAGUUUGUUAUUUUUUCCUAUUCCAUUUCUUGUUGGGAUAGUUGGCUCAUGGUCAUUUCAUCCUCUUGAAAACAAUAUCUUGUGUGCUGACCACCACAUGCUGAACAGAAUACUUAUCAACAUACUAUCGUUUUCAGAAGCAAUCAAAGCAAAACUGUCCUGGGACAAAAUGGCUCAAAGCUAAAUUUGGGCUUUUUGUUUUCAAGGAGACAGUACUCACAUUUUAAUUUCUGAUGUUUGGCCCAAAAGAAAUUAAAACUGUUGAUUUCAUUUGUGCGCUUGUUUUAGCAAUAUGUAUUGUCAUAAUGCUUUUAACUUUGAAAAUAUUACCUUCGGGUCCUCUGAAAAGGCCCUCUUCCUUUGGCUGCGUCUGGUGUGACUGGAGUGUAGGUGGUAGAACCCUCUGGCCCGGGGGCUGGAGGGGAUUAGUGUGGCUGGAUGGAUGUCAGUUUAAAGAUUAUGUCUGAUCCAAAUAACCGAUGAAAUUGCUGUAUCUGUCUAUAAAAGUAAGGGGACUCACAGGAGAAAGUGUGGUCCCCUAUUAAAGAGAAAUUGUUUGAAUCAAUUUGAUGGCAGUCGGUUACAUUGUAAAAGGAUUACUCUACAUGGCUUGUAACUGACUAGAACUGUGAUGUACAGAUGAUGUAUUAUUAAAAUCUGAAGCAAGUAAUGCAAUGAUAUUAGGAUACAAUUUUUGUAUUUUUAUUCUUGUAUAAGGUUAUUUGAUGGCUAUUGUUUAGCCUCUAGUUCAUUCUGUGUUAUUUAAAUUCUAAUAUAUGAAUCAUAUUUGGAUUGAAGUCAUGUUCAGGGGCCAUGUUGUGUAUGUAUUGAGAUGUAAAGCCUUUGAAUGUGAAUAAUUAUUGUAAACUAUAAUAUUUUACAGCUUUUUCUUACUAUAUCAUACAUUUUCUAUUUGCUCAGUGAUUUAAUCAUUCUGAUAAUUUAAUGAGUCAUUCAGAUUAUUUGUGCGCUAGGUCAAUAGAUGUUGAAUGAUGACAUUUUCCACUUACUGCUUGGUAGUUCAAUAAUUAAAGCAUGUAGGGGUUUAGGCGUACAGAUAAGCCAUGUGUCCUGUCUUCUGUUAACAGCCAGUUAAGACACUGUAAACGCAGCAUUUAGUGGCAAUGGCAUUUCAUAUUUUGCAGCAUGUAAAUAAAAUAACGGCCCAUUACCAGUGA